CUAAGCCAAUAGGAGUGGCGCUCUCAUUCGUCAUCCCAGCCCCUUCCACCACUCUUCGCAAUGAGAUCUGUCACCUGACUGGGCUCAAACAUGGCUGCCCUGGAAGCUAAAAUGCUUUUGACUCCCGGAGCAGGAGGUACUCCUCGCACGAGAAAAUUAAAAAUGUAUUCCGCCUAAGGCCUCUCUUUCUACCUCCCUGCACUCUGUGCUGGGAAAAUGAGUUACCCAUUUGGAAAAGAGGAAACCGCUACCGAGGAGCAGCUUUUUGAAUUUUUCUGUGAGUGUCUGCGGAGGGGCGACUGGGAGCUGGCACAGGCAUGUGUACCUCAGCUACACAAGGGACAAGGGGAUAUCCCCAAAAAGGUGGAAGACAUACUACAGGCGCUGGUGCAGUGUCCCGCUCUGCUAAGAUGCGGGCCAGAUAUCAACCCUCAAAGAUUAGCCUGGCUCUGGCUUCUCGUACUGGAAAAAUGGUGGAACCAAGAAAAAAAAUUACUUUCUGCUGUUUUUCGGAGGAAACUUGAGUUUCUUUUUUUGUCAGAAGACCUCCACGGUGACAUUCCAGAGAACAUCCUCAAGGAGCUGUUUGAAACCUUAGCCCAAAGCCCAGGAGGCAGUACACCUGACAGAAGCCAGAGGUGGGAGAGUGGGGCCCCUCAGCUCAGCCCUGAAGCUGUCUCCGUGCUCUGGAAUCUUCUCAAGCAAGCCCCUCAGCUCGCCCAGGCCCUGCUGGAGCUCCUGCUUGAGGAUCACCACAGCGCCAGCCUCUGUCCCAGUCCUCUGCAGAAGACGCUGCUGGGUCUCAUUCGAAAGGGACUGCAGACCCUCCGGGACCCCGCCCCUCAGCCGCCUGGGGUGGCCGACGCUGUCUGUGGAGCCCUGCAGGCUCUGUGUUGUACUCUUGAGCCCCCGGAGAGUGAAUGGCGUGUCCUGUGUGAGGAACUGCUGGAGACCUGCAGGGCUGAGGGCAGUCCCCUGCAGGAGGAACGUCUGCUUGGUUGCCUGUUGCACAAGGCCGGACGGAGCCUGCUGUCCCUCUACGGCCAAACCUAUGCAGAGAAGGUGGCGGAAAGGCCACCCAAGGCCACACUUCCAGGAAAAGUAACCGUCCUGAUGGGCUGUUCAGUCUCCCCAGAUCAUCGGGAUCCUGAGCGGGCAAUGCUGGCCCUGUUCUCCACUCCCGACCCAGCCGAUGCUUGGAAAAUGGCCUUUUUCUACUGCCUAAGCAACAACAAACACUUCCUGGAGCAGAUCCUGGUAACAGCGCUAACCCUGUUGAAAGAGGAAGACUUCCCAAGCCUUGGACACCUACUUGAUAGAGAAUUCAGGCCUCUCAGUCACCUGCUCGUACUCCUGGGCUGGACACACUGCCAGAGCCUUGAAUCAGCUAAACAAUUACUCCAAACCCUCUACAGGACCCAGGACCAAGGCCAUGACGAGCUUCUCAGGGACGCCUGUGAAGGAUUGUGGGCUCAUUUAGAGGUCCUGGAGUGGUGUGUACAGCAAAGCAGCAGCCUCAUACCAAAGAGAGAGCUCUUAUGUCACUUACAUGGCGGAGACAGUCACUCAGUGCUCUACUCUCUCCACCACCUGACCAACCUUCCAGCCCUCGGAGAGGAAGAAGUCCUCAAGCUCUUACAGAAGGUGCCAGCUAAGGACCUCCAGCGAGAACAUGGUACCCAGGAUGCCUCAGUCCCUGAGCACCUGAGCCAGCGUCAGAGCCUGACCCUCUACCAGGGCUUCUGUGCCAUGAAGUAUGCCGUCUACGCCCUCUGUGUGAACUCACAUCAGCACGCUCAAUGCCAGGACUGCAGAGACGGCGCCUCCGAGGACCUGGCCGUGGUGGAACCAGGCAAUGAUUGCCUCCCCUCCGCAGGUGCUUCCCAUCUCUUCCCAACGUACCUGGCCAGAUGCCGACAGUAUUUACGCAGUAUCCCCGACUCUCUGUGCCUGGAAAUUCUCGAAAACAUCUUCUCUUUGCUCCUCGUUACCUCUGCCGACCUUCACCCAGAGCCUCACCUGCCGGAGGACUAUGCCGAGGAGGAGGACACUGAGGGGAAAGGCUCCUUGGGUUUGAGGUCUCCGUCAGAGAGUCCUCAGCACAUAGCCCCUCCUGAGAGGAGGUCAGAGCGGGGUUCCCUGGGGGGGCCCAGGAGCCUUGUUCACACAAUGCCAAGUUGUCCAAAGGCAGAGCCAAAAGACAGUUCGCCAGGGCCUCCUAAGCACAGCUUCUUGGACCUAAAGCACUUUACUAGUGGCCUGAGUGGAUUCCUGGCUGACGAGUUUGCAAUGGGAGCGUUCCUCGGCCUUAUUCAGGAGCAGCUCGAUGAGAUCAGCAGCCGUAGCACGCCCGAGGAGACGAAGCUGCUAGAAGGCCAGAGCUGUUCCGCCGCAGGCAGGGAUGGACUGCAGGGCCGCCUGCACCGGUUCUCGAAGGUUCUCUCUGAGGCCCAGUGGCGGUACAAGGUGGUAACAAGCAACCAGGGCUCAGAAGAGCAGCCCUCCCGAAGAUACCGGCCCAUUGCCACAAGGUACUCUAGUCUCCGCCGAGGUCGUCGGACUAGAAGGACCCGGACAGAUGGCCGGGAAAGAGGCUCCAACCCACCGUCCCUGGAGAACACAAGCAGCGAGCUGAGCACCAGCACUUCAGAAGGCAGUCUGAGUGCUGUGUCCGGGCAGGUGGAGCUGGACAGCCGGUCACAGCCCCAGCCUCAGAGUUCAAUCAUCCCCAUGAUGUUCUCCCCACCGGAGUCCCUGCUGGCGUCCUGUAUCCUCAGGGGGAACCUGGCAGAAGCCCGUCAGGUGGUGUUCAUGUUCAACCUCAAGUCCUCCCCGAGUGCCGGGGAGCUGAUGUUUGUAGAGCGUUACCAAGAGGUGAUCCAGGAACUGGCCCGGGUCGAGCACAAGAUUGAAAACCAGAAUUCGGAUGCGGGUAACAACGCCGUUCGGCGCACUGGCAGUGGGCGCUCCACUCUGCAAGCCAUUGGCAGCGCCGCAGCGGCAGGAAUGGUGUUUUACUCCAUCUCCGACGUGACUGACAAGCUCCUCAGCCCCUCCGAAGACCUCAUCCCCACACUCCAGGAAGAUUUUUGGAUAAAUGCUGCUCUGACGGAGCCCACCACUCCUCUUAGAGAAGUUCUGGAAGACCUCAGUCCCCCUGCCAUGGCUGCCUUUGACCUGGCUUGCUGCCAGUGCCAGCUCUGGAAGACCUGCAAACAGCUCCUAGAGACAGCCGAGCGGCGACUGAGCAGCAGCCUGGAGAGCCGGGGUCGACGCCUAGACCAGGUUGUCCUCCAUCCCGAUGGUAUUCGAGGUUUUCCUGUGGUCCUUCAGCAAAUUAAUAAGAUUCUCAAUUAUCCACUUACCUUAACGGGACAAGCGAAACCUGAGACCCUAGAAGAAAGGGGAGGAGGCGCCCCACGAUGCAGCAUCUCCGAGCUGCUUCAGACAUGCUGGCCCAGCCUCACCGAGGACUGUGUGGCCAGCCAGACCAGCCUUUCCCAGCAACUGGAUCAGGCUCUCCAGUCACUGCGAGAGGCACUAGAGCUACCAGAGCCCAAGAGUACCCCACUCACUUCCCUAGUGGAGCAGGCGGCCCAGAAGGCCCCCGAGGCAGAGGCCCACCCUGUGCACGUCCAAAGUCAGCUCCUCCAGAAGACCCUGGGGAAGCAGGUGCUGGCAGGCAGCGGGCAGGCUGACUAUGUGGGAGCCUUCUUCAGCUACUGCAGCACCCUGGCUGCAGUCCUUCUUCGGAGUUUGAGCUCUGACCCUGAUAACGUGGAGGCCAAGGUUGGAAAUCCCUUUGUUCUCCUGCAGCAGAGCUCUUCCCAACUGGUGUCCCAUCUCCUGCUUGAGAGACAAGUUCCUCCAGACAGGUUGGCAGCCCUUCUUGCCCAGGAAGGUCUCAGCCUAAGUGUGCCCCAGGUCAUUGUCAGCUGCUGCUGUGAGCCCCUUACUCUUUGCCCUUCUCGGCAAAGCCAGCAGGCCUCAUCCCUUCUGACCCAGCUGGGCAUGCUGGCUCAGGAGCACGCCUCUCACCUUCUGGACGGCCUGCCCGUCUCUGUGCUGGACUCCCCUGGACCAAGCAAGAAUCCCUCGUCAGAGAGAAAGUCUUGUUCCUCCCCCAAGGACUCAUCACUCCCAGCCUUCACCUCCUCUGCCUUGGCCUUCCUUAAGUCUCGCUCAAAGAUUCUGGCCACAGUGGCCUGCCUGCGGGCCUCCCGAGGGACAAAGGUCAGCAAGCCUAGCCUGUCUUGGAAGGAAUUGCGUGGUCGCAGGGAGGCACCUCUGACUGCAGAGAAGGUAGUCCAGGAGUGUGAGCACCUUCUGGAACAGUUUCCUGUGUUUGAGGCUGCCCUCCUGGCUGCCUGGGAGCCUCUGCACCAAGCCUCCGAGCCGGGACAGAGUCUAGCAGCCAGUCUCUGUGGACAGGCCAGUCUCUCCACUGUACUUCUGGGCCUGCACUCUCCUGUGGCCCUGGAUGUACUAACCGAGGCCUUUGAGGCAGCUUUGGUGGCCAGAGAUUGGCCACGGGCCCUUCAGCUUAUUGAAGUGUAUGGGCGAGACCUGGACGACCUGAGCCGUGUGAGGGACGCGGUGCUGAGCUGUGCUACAGCAUGUGACAAGGAAGGUUGGCAAUACCUGUUUCCUGUGAAGGAUGCGUCUCUGAGAAGUCAGCUGGCCCUGCGGUUCGUGGACAGGUGGCCCCUGGAGUCAUGCCUGGAGAUCCUGGCCUACUGUGUUUCAGACAUGGCUGUCCAAGGAGAACUGAAAUCUGAGCUGCAGAGGAAGCUGGCGGAGCUGCGGGUCUAUCAGAAGGUCUUAGGUUUGCAGGAUCCCCCAGUGUGGUGUGACUGGCAGACCCUGAGGAGCUGCUGUACCGAAGACCCAUUGUCUGUCAUGAACAUGAUUCUGGAAGCACAGGAGUAUGAACUAUGUGAGGAGUGGGGCCAUCUGUACUCCAUUCCAAGGGAACAUCUGAUCAGUCUGCACCACAAACAUCUUCUCCACCUGCUGGAAAGAAGAGAACAUGAAAAGGCUCUUCAACUCCUGCAACGCAUCCCUGAUCGCACCAUGUGCCUUGAGGUCACAGAGAGGUCCCUUGACCAGCACCCUAGCCUAACCACUUCACACUUCUUGGCCAACUACCUCACCUCCCACUUCUACGGAGAGCUGACCACCAACCGACACCAUGAAAUCCAGGCGCUGUACAUGGGAUCUAAGGUUCUCCUGACUCUGCCUGAACAGCACCGAGCCAGCUGCGCCCAUUUGUCCUCCAGCCCCCUGCUCAUGCUGGAGCAACUGCUGAUGAACAUGAAGGUGGACUGGGCCACCGUGGCCGUGCAGACUCUGCACCAGCUGCUGGCCGGACAGGAGAGCAGCUUCACCCUGGACGAGGUUGACUCCUUGCUCUCCAGAUAUGCAGGGAAAGCCCUGGACCUCCCGUACCCUCUGAGGGAAAAGCGAUCAGAUUCUGUGACUCACCUCCAGGAACUUGUCCACCAAACUUCAGAUUCUGAGACCCUGUCUAGAUCAUCAUCAGCUGAGUUCUCUGCUGCUGCUGCUCCUGGAAGUGCCUUAGUCCAUUCCCCCAGCCCCAAGGAGAGGACUUCCCCUCAGACUCAGCCGCUGCUGGAGUUUGUGCCCCCAGAAGCACCCCCUGCCAGGGAUCAGUGGGUCCCAGACGAGACUGAGAGUACAUGUAUGGUCUGCUGCAGAGAGCACUUCACGAUGUUUAACAGGCGUCAUCACUGCCGCCGCUGCGGGCGUCUAGUGUGUGGUUCCUGCUCCACUAAGAAAAUGGUGGUGGACGGCUGCAGAGAAAACCCUGCUCGCGUGUGUGACCAGUGCUACGGUUACUACAACAAAGAUGCACCAGAGGAGAGCCCGUGCCAGUCGGAAGUUUCAGACAGCUCUAAGAAUGAAAGCCCUCCAUAUUCAGCUGUGGUGAGAGUCCCCAAAGCAGCUGAGGUGGAAUGGAUCUUGAGUCUGAAUGAGGAAGAAAACGAGCUGGUUCGGAGUGAAUUUUACUAUGAGCAGGUAACGACGAUAAAAUGUGAUGGUCACUUGAGGUUCUUUAUGAUGUCCGACAGUAUAACAGGGAAUACAGAGGUUCUAACCACAGCCUGGUCCUUGCUUGCUUAUUAUACAAAAACCUUCAAGCAACGGUUGCUCCAGAACUCAGCCCGGCCUCAUUUGCGGUGUCCUCUUUCUCCCUGCAGUUACAUCAGCAAAGUAGACGUCCUGCAUAUCCUAGUCACUGCUGCCUAUCGCCAGGUGCCGUCUCUAGACCAGAUCUUGCAGCCAGCUGCAGUAACCAGACUGAGGAACCAGCUCCUGGAAGCUGAGUACUACCAACUGGGCGUUGAGGUCUCUACCAAGACCGGGCUUGAUGCCACAGGGGCGUGGCAUGCCUGGGGCAUGGCCUGCCUCAAAGCUGGGAACCUCACUGCUGCGCGGGAGAAGUUCAGUCGCUGCCUGAAGCCUCCCCUUGACCUCAAUCAAUUGAGUCAUGGCUCCAGGCUAGUCCAGGAUGUGGUUGAAUACCUGGAGUCCACAGUGAGGCCCCUCGUGUCCUUGCAGGAUGACGAUUACUUUGCCACCCUGAGGGAACUGGAAGCCACCCUUCGAACCCAGAGCCUCUCCCUCGAGGUAAUUCCUGACGGAAAGAUCAUGAACAACACCUACUACCAAGAGUGUCUCUUCUACCUGCACAACUAUGGCACCAACCUGGCCAUCAUCAGCUUCUACAUGAGGCACAACUGCCUUCGGGAAGCCCUGCUGUUCCUGCUCAACAAGGAAAGCCCCCCAGAAGUCUUCAUCGAAGGCAUCUUCCAGCCGAGCUAUAAAAGUGGGAAGUUACACACUUUGGAAAACCUACUGGAAUCCAUUGAUCCAACCUUGGAGAGCUGGGGAACAUACCUGAUGGCCGCCUGCCAGCAUCUGCAGAAGAAGAACUACUACCACAUUCUGUAUGAGCUGCAGCAGUUUAUGAAGGACCAAGUCCGGGCUGCCAUGACCUGUAUUCGGUUCUUCAGUCACAAAGCAAAGUCCUACACAGAGCUGGGAGAGAAGCUCUCGUGGUUGCUUAAGGCCAAGGACCACCUGAAGAUCUACCUCCAAGAAACAUCCCGCAGCUCCGGAAGGAAGAAAGCCACCUUCUUCCGGAAGAAGAUGACUGCUGCUGAUGUGUCCAGGCAUAUGAAUACGCUUCAGCUGCAGAUGGAAGUGACCAGAUUCUUACAUCGGUGUGAAAGUGCUGGGACUUCUCAGAUCACCGCUUUGCCUCUGCCAACACUCUUUGGAAAUAACCCCAUGAAAAUGGAAGUGGCCUGCAAGGUUAUGCUGGGAGGGAAAAAUGUGGAAGAUGGAUUUGGAAUUGCGUUCCGUGUUCUGCAGGACUUCCAGCUGGAUGCUGCCGCAACCUACUGCAGAGCCGCGAGGCAGCUGGUGGAGAGGGAGAAAUACGGCGAGAUCCGGCAGCUGCUCAAGUGUGUCAGCGAGUCGGGCAUGGCAGCCAAAAGCGACGGCGACACCAUCCUCCUCAACUGCCUGGAAGCCUUCAAGAGAAUCCCGCCGCAGGAGCUGGAGGGACUGAUCCAGGCCAUACACAGCGAUGACAACAAGGUCCGAGCCUACCUGACUUGUUGCAAACUGCGGUCUGCCUACCUGAUCGCCGUGAAGCAAGAACACUCACAGGCCGCCGCCCUCGUCCAGCAGGUGCAGCAGGCUGCCAAAAGCAGUGGAGAUUCUGUAGUGCAGGACAUCUGUGCCCAGUGGCUUCUGACAAGCCACUCCCGUGGUGCCCAUGGCCCAGGCUCCAGGAAGUGACCCUGGGCAGCAGAACCCAGAGACCGCAGCCUGGGAGCUACGGCCACAGGCGCAAUGCCACACAAUGCCCUCCAUCUCCGUCUUCCUGUGGAGUGGAACUUCUGGCCCUGCCCUAGGUUGGAGGGAGCAGGAUGGACCCUACUUGCCUGUGUGGGCAAAAGCAGGUCCCUUCACACAAGUGCCGUGUAAAGUUGUAGAAUCUGUGUUUGUCUGGAGAUAGCCAUCUUUCUACCUCAGAGUGACUGUGUGUGUGUGCGCGUGUGUGCACUCAUGUUUACGCCCAAGCAUUUUCUGAACAAAUGAGACUCCUCUGUUGAAGAGAGGCACUUUACUUUCUACUUUCCGCUGGUCUGAAAACCUUCCCUGCGUCUUUGGUUCUUGGCCCAGGUCAUUCUUUUUGUCCACAGUUCCUCCCUACUGUGCAGACACGCUUUAGCAGCCCCUCUUCACGGGAGGGCUUAACAGAGAAUUACAAAGCAAUGCCAAAAAGAUCGCCUCUUCUCCCUUCCCACAAUCCCGAGACAGCACUGGGAGUGUGCCCGUGGAGUGUGACAGCUUUCCCGGCAGCAUCUCUCACAAGCACAAGGUUUUCAGGUGCAGGCAUCUGAAAGCUCUGGUGACAGGCAUCAAUGGUCAGAUCUGGGGACGCGGAGGCCAGGCCCCAUCCCCUUCAUCCAGAGGGGAGGAAAAAGCCAAGCUGGCUCUUAUCAGUAUCCCUGAUGCAGGAUGGAUGGGUAAGGACACAUGACUUUUUCUUUCAGAGUCUAGGGAAAGAGAUGGUAGCCAGGAUCCUGGGGGUGAAUGAGUGGACGGACUCUGCCUAUUUGAGUUCCGUUCCUGUUUGUCCCUCUUGAAUUAGUUAAGAAACCAUUUCUCUAUCCCUUAUGCUUCCCUUCAGUCUCCUGAGGACCAUGGGCUGGAAUAUGCAAAGACCUGGCUCAUUGAGGCAGCGGUACACUAAGAGAAUGGGGUUCACAUCACAGUUAAGUCUGUAGAUGAGUCAGAACAAGGGGGUAAGAAAUAAGUCCCAUCCAAUGGUGGGGAACUAGACGAGGGUUUAAUAAGCAUCUGCUUAUCUUCCCACCUGAGAUGAGUCAGUGCUCGAGAGGAAGGGUCUGUCAUUCAGUGAUUGAUUUGCAAAUGAGAGCCCUAAAGAAAGGCUUGGAGCCCCAAGUCUCCCACAGGCAGACCUCAGCCUGUUGGUCUCCCCUUUACUGCCAAGGCAACAGGAACUGGAAACUGAACUCAGUGUCUCUGGUGCUUAGAAGCCCUCUUCAUUUCUUCUGAACCAAGUUUUUCUUAAUAAACAACUGUUCAUGGACAUCUGUCGGAGUCAAAGCUUUGGUCCUAUUGGAGAAGAAAGGCUGAAGUAUAAUACUAGAUCUCCUAAGGGUGCAGUCGGACAGUGGCUUUCCCUAACUUGAGUCAUAGAACACACCACCCAGCUCCUAAGAACCCCCAUUGCCUGGUGUCCGCUUACACUCAAGGCUGACCUUUUUUGCACUGAGAAUAAGCACUUUACAUAACUGGGUUGUAAGUCACAGCCCUUGAUUUAGGGUGUCACAACCAGAUUUCCCUGACUUUCCUAACUUGAACUGUAAAAUAGGUAACCAUUGACCAGGUUAACAGAAGACUGCAGACCUAAGACAUCACACUGUGGUCUCCAGCAAAGCAACAGUAACAUCCAAACAAUUGUACACGUCAAGGAGUUGUGUGUGUUCCACUACAACCAAGCCACAAUAAACUGUCUGUCCUACCUA